AUGCCAUCCAAACCACAAUUAGGAAGCCUCGCCGUUCAAACACCUUCAUCGAGGCCGCAAGUUGUUAAUGUGUCUCCCUCGACAUGCCAUGACCUGUCUUUAUUCAAAGAAAUCCUGAGGGAGUAUAGAAAGCUCGACGACACCAUAACAAUGAGACUUAACAGAGCCAACGCGGCGAUGCGAGACCAGGAGCGAGCGCAGGAUGGAUUGGGGGGCGAGAAUGCCCAAAAUCAGGCAUGUGCGUAUAUUUGGCGCGAGCUCGUUGGAAACUGGAAGCGCAGGACACAAUUGGUGGAGUAUUGUGCGAAUGUUGUUGACGAAGAUCUCAAGGAAAAGCAAAGGGUUAUCCAUGGUCAAUCCAACGAUCCUACUAGUCGGAGAAAGACUCAGGCGGCCAUAUUCGCCAAUGAAGUAAAACGAAAUCAAAUCCACAACGAGUUGACGGUGGAGGAUAUCAUUAGGAAACGUUCGGUUGAUGCAUUUCGUUCUCGAUGCCAAUACUUUGUUCCCCCGUUAACCGAUGUUGAAGCUCGCACGAUGUGGGAUAGCGGACAGUAA